AUGAACGCCAUCCAUACACACCCUCGAAGCGCAAUACUCCUUGGUGUUAUCGGGCUUUCCGUUCCCUGGCUCGUCGAAGACUACCAUCGAUGGCUUAGGCUCGGGAAAGCCGCCCUACCGUACAACCCCAUAGGCUGGUUACUCGCCGUCUCGCUCAAACCUUUCGGCCGCGAAACGCUUUCCACCAUCGAAUACUCCCAGGACCCGAACAAUGCCGCCUGGCUCGACCCCGCCUCGAUCCCUGAGCGCCGGGGCUCGAGACCCUUUACGGGAUGGCACUUUGCACCCCACAGACAAUUGGAUCGGAUCCCCGACGAUCUUACCCGCAAGAAACUCGAAGCGGUAUUCGCGAAGCACGCGGAGGCUAACCAGGGGGUGGUGGAAAUUUACACGUCGCGUCACGAGAGAUUAGGCGAUGGUAUGCAUCUGCGUUCCUCUGUCCCUGCGCCACACGGUCCGGCGUUGCAAGCACAGCUUGAGAUGGGACACAUUCAUCCCCAAGAUUCUUCUAUGCAUUUCAUGCUGUCGCCUAGAGAUUGCAAACUCGUAAUCGAACAGGGCUGGGGAGAGAGACAUCCUCUUAGUGGAGUAUGCCAAUGGAUUCCAAUGCCAAAGGAGUAUCUGUUAAUCUAUGCACCGCGAAAUGAUGAAGAGCUCGCUGUUAUUGAACGUAUAAUGAUUGCAAGCAUCGGAUACAUGUCGAAUAGUCAAAACGUGAUUUAA